AUGGCGGAAAGUGAUGCGGAAGUAUUGAAGGAGAAAGCAAAAGAGGCGAUAGACACGUAUUCUUCAGAGUUGUUUGAUCUUAACCGAUGUAUAUGGCAAAAUCCAGAGCUUGGCUUUAAUGAGAUAUACGCUCACGAUCAGUUAACAGAGUAUUUAGCAGCACGAGGUUUUGAUGUGACACCUCAUUACACUUUGGAUACCGCUUUUCGAGCUGAAACUGGUGAAGAUGGAGGCCUUACAGUUGGUUUGAUUUGUGAAUAUGACGCUUUACCAGAAGUAGGUCACGCGUGUGGACACAAUCUGAUUGCUGAAUCUGGUGUAGCUGCUGCUUUAGGUAGAUAUUAUAGACUCUGUACUGUCAGUUUACACCACAGGUAGCCCAAGCCCAAUUAAGCAUACAAUGGGCGACUUCAUGUACUCGGUUAACAUAACACCUCAAAAGGUCUUACAACGGAUCGCACACAUACGAAAGGCGCAGCACAAGUUUAUGUUUGCCAGACGUAACUAAUCGAUGACAUUAAUGACAUCAAUGAAAUCAAUAAGUAAUUAAUCGGUAAUCAGUUGAUUACUCAUUAGUCAUUGAUUAUAUCUGAUAUUCAAUGAGUAAUCGACAAAUAAUUGAUAGGCCACAAAAUUUUCAGCUGACGUUGAUUUGUCAUUGAUUAAUUAUUGAUAUAAUCUCAGGGCAUGCAAACCAAACCAAAUCGAAAAUAAAGAAACAAAGACUUCUUUGACAUAAAUGUCACUAUACAAACUUUUGUUAUUCAUGAUCUUUUACCCAGUAGGCAUUCUGUGGUGGCUGCCUUUCUCACAAAAGACACAGACUCUAAUAGCCAAGAGAGUAAGACAUAACUCGACCUUCUGAACAUUUCGUUUUUGAUAUUUCAGUUGCUGUCCAAUAAAUAAAUUUCAUUUGCCGUUCUGUUUUCGUCAUAGCCCAUAUACAUUGGUUUUCUACAUGCACGUUCAACUCCUAUUUGGCUAUAAGUUAGGAAAAAAAAUUGCUACAAAUUGUAUGAGAUGAGUAAAUCAAUGACUAAUCGAUGAGUAAUUGAUAGGCCACAAAAUUUUUCGCCAUCGAUUAGUCAUUGAUUACCCAUUGAUUAUAGUAAAUAAUCAAUGAAUAAUCAGUUGAUUACCCAAUGAUCAUUAUCGAAUACUCAUUGAUGUCAUUCAUCAUUGAUUAGUUACGUCUGGUAUUUGCUACCCCCAUUCUAUGGUUUAAGUUUGCUACCUAAUGACAAAGUCAAAAACUUUUACCCAAGAAAGCUUAAAGGAUGAGAAAAUAUACAACAUUAAUAUUAAAAAAUUAUUUUCAAUGUUAAUGUUUUCCAGAUUCAUAAAGUCGUAUGUGGCAAUUACAGCUGUAUCUGGUUUGGUCAUUUGGCAUACCGUAAAAUUCCAAAAAUAAGCCCCAGGGCUUAUAUUUUUCAAAGGCCCUUUUUGAGGGGCGUAUUUUUGGAGGGGCUUAUAUUCGGAUGGGCUUAUCUAUGGAGGGAAAUUUGGGUUUCAAAAUUGAUUGGGCUAGCCUUAUAGUUGGAAGGAAAUUUACCAUUUUUGCUUUGUUUUACUUUGUAUUUGAGGGGAAAUUUUCAAUUACAAGCCCCCGGGGGGCUUAUACUUGGUGGGGCGAUUUAAUGCAGUGUUUUUUGCGUUAAGAGUUUGGGGGGCUUAUAUUUGGAGGGGCUUAUACAAGGAGGGGCUUAUUUUCAGAAUUUUACGGUCUUUGAUAAGUAGCAAAAUUAAUUUCAAGCUAAAGACCCAAUUAAUGCAGAAAUGGUCACAGCAGUUUCAUAUUCUUUUGUUCAUAUUGAAAUCAGCCCUACUAGCCUCGUUCUUAGGUACAAAAUUCAAAAGAAUACCUUUUCUCAAGCAAAGCUAGUCAGGCUUAUUUUGAUUUAGACAAAAGAAUAUUAAUCCAGCAGCCAUUUUUGCAUAUUUGGGUCCAUGCAGCUUUGAAAGGGAAGGCCUUGAAACUGUAGUCCUUUCUAAAUCAGAGAAAUAGCCAAUCCCAAUCAUGGGGCAACAUGUACACUGCACUUUGAUUAGGGAUAAUUUGGAUAAAACAAUUAAGGAACAAAAACAACAUGGAAAAUUUGUAUAUUACAAAAAAGGAAGAUGGCAGGACUUUGGAAAAUUGAACAAAAUUUAGCUGCACAUCGCUUUGAAAGGCAGUACAUGUACAUGUAUCUGUUGUCUAUGUUUUUCUUUGAAGGUCUCAAGAUUGCUUUAGAGGCUGUCAACCAGAAGCCCAAGUUGAAAAUAGUAGUUUUUGGAACUCCAGCUGAGGAAGGAGGAGGAGGCAAGAUUUUGAUGAUUAAUAAUGGCUGCUUUAAAGGUGUUGACUUUUGUAUGAUGGUCCAUCCUAGCCCAGUGGAUAUGCUGAAACCAACCAUCUUAGCUCGAGAUAAAGUCACAGUCACCUACAAAGGUCAUGCCUCUCAUGCUGCAGCAUUCCCGUGGGAAGGAGUCAAUGCACUGGAUGCAGCAGUCAUGGCUUAUAACAGUAUAAGCGUGUUACGACAACAGAUGAAGCCCACAUGGCGAGUUCAUGGUAUCAUCACUGAGGGAGGUGUGAAGCCUAACAUCAUUCCUGACCGCACCCAGCUAAAGUAUUACCUUAGAGCUCCAACUGUCGAGGAGCUUGACUUGUUACGGCAAAAGGUGACAAGUUGUUUUGAAGCUGCAGCAACAGCUACUGGUAAGCACUGUGCACUGUUCUUCACUUGUUGAACACAAAGUAAUUUUUUUUUUAAACAAAACUAAUAAAGAGCUGUAGGGCCACUUCAAACUUUGAACUUCGCAAAUAUGUCUAUGAACAAAAUUUGUUGUUCUCACUCAUUUGCUAAUUGAUUUGGCACAUUUUGGGGAGGAAGGGUGGUGCAGUGGUGAAAGCACUUGCCUCCCACCAAUGUGGCCUGGGACUGAAUCCUGCCAUCAACGCCAUGUGGGUUGAAUUUGUUGUUGGUUGACUACCUUCCUCUGACAGAUAUUAUGUUCCCUGGGUACUCCAGUUUUCCCCUCUCCUCAAAAACCAACACUUCCAAAUUUCAAUUCGAUCUGGAAUGCGCGGACACAUUUCAACUAGUUCUUAAGAAUUCCUAAGUGCUCUGUGGGUAAACAAAUUACAAUUACAAUUACAUUUUGAAGUUCAUUGUUUGAAAUGGACCUUACUUACAUGUACCAGUACAUUGUGUAUGUUACCUCACAGCAACCAAUUUUCUGAGGGAGUUGCCUUGCAUUUUCUAAAACUGUUUUUUUUUUUUUUAUCUCAAGAGUACAAUGCAUAAACAAUAAAUUAGCAACGUGCUGUCAUUAAGACAGAAUCUAUCAGGAAAUUGAGUAAUUUCAAUUUUCAGGGGACAGAAAGCUUGUACCAGAAAAAUUUCAACAAUAUCACAAUUUUUGUGCAAUUUUGGAGUAUUUUGCAAAUGUGCUCUUCAAUUAGUUAUCUCUCAUGGGAGCCUGAGAAAUUAAAUGUCAAAUUUCACAUGAAUUGUGAAAGCACAGGUAAAAUUCUGAAGAUUUCCUGUGUAAGAUGUCAUUUUGGUGAAACUUGACAUUAAUUUUUCUUUUCUCGGGCCCUUGUGAGAAAUUUUGUUUGGUGUUAUUACAGAUAACUAAUUACAUCUAUAGCCCUUGAAAAAUUUUAAAAAAUGCGAUAUUGUUUAAAUUAAUAUUACUCGAUUUCCUGAUGGAUUCUGUCUUAAUCUUACUUUAAAUGGAAAACACAUAGAGGAUGGAUUAAUAUGGGUUAAUAAAAUUUUGAAAUUGAAAGUGGCACAGUAAUUUGAAAAUACAAAACUUCUUUAAAGUUCUUUUUUGAAAAGUUGCUUUUUUAAAGCUACACUGUCAGUACAGUUUAAGUCUGGAUACUGUUUGAAGAAAUAUAGUAUUUGUGAUAUUUUAACCACCAGAGACAGCAAAUUAUGGAACAAGAUCACAUCAAAUACCACUGCACUUGAUGAUCUCUUACCGCCGAGACGUACUAGGCACUUACGCAGCAGGGGCCAUGAUUACAUAUUACCUAGAGUUCGUACUUCACGUUUUAAAUCCACUUUUGUAAACAGAUGUCUUUUUAGCAUUGUCUGACACUAGUAGCUAGUUGUACUUUUUUUUAUCUUAAUUUGUUUCAUAUUUUAUAUCUAUUGUAAAUAAGGCACGGUUGAUGCAUUAUUGGUUUUUUAAUAAAGACUAUUAUUAUAUUAUUAUUAUUAUUACAUAAAAAAUAAUGAAAGCUACAAUGCACUCAAACAAUGAAGAUGUUGCCAUUUUCCCUUGUCUUUUAGGCUGCAAGGUUUUUGCAGAAUGGGGAGCAAUGCGUUAUGAAGACUUGGUCAGCAAUGACACCCUCGCUGAACUCUACAAGGCAAAUGCAGAGAGUUUAGGAGUAACCUUUAUUUGUGCAGAUUUUUCAGCGUCAACUGACAUGGGCAAUGUUUCUCAUGAAGUUCCCUCGAUUCAUCCAGUGUAUGCUAUUGACACUACAGCACCUAAUCAUUCCCAUGCAUUUACCACGGCAACAAUCACAGAGAAAGCUAACGAGAGGACCUUGAUUGCAAGCAAAGCAAUGGCUAUGACAGCCAUUGAUGUCUUGUGCAACUCUGAUUUGAUUGAAAAAGUGAGACAGGACUUUAAAAAUUGACUCUUUAUUGGGCGAUGACUGAUGGAUUAGCUUGUUCUAAGUGUUUAAACAGUGUGGAUGUCAUGAAAAAGAGAACAUAGAAGAAAGAAAGAAAAGAAGAAACACUUUGCUAUUCUUUUUGUGCUUUUCCCCACUAUCUAACGCCUGGAACAAACUGGUGAUGGUUGCACUCUUCAACAAAGACCGUUGUGAACACAGAACCUUUCAGAAAUGGUCCUAGAUUUUUGACUGGACUUAGCAGUAGCACUUAGCAUUUGUUUUUAGAAACACUUAAACUUGAAAGGACCCCUUUGCCCUCUCCCCCUCCCUUUCACACCUACAAUAAUGGACUUGCAAGGUAGUUGGUUAAUAUAUCCAACCAUGCUUGUACUCUAUUUUGUUUCUUCCCAACUAGAAUGGCAAAGCUAACGUGCUGUAAAUCCUCUAUUAAGCCCCCCCCCUCCUUCUCAAAUAAGCCCCCUCCCUCUAAUAAGCCCCCCCCCCCUUUUCAGGGGAAGAAAGUUAAUAAGCCCCCUAUCUAUUAACCCCCCUCCUCUAUUUAUUCUUCACUAAUAAAUGAUAGAAUGAAUUAAUCAACCUCGACUGUAAAACUUGGUGUAGACUGCUCCGGGAUGGUUUGCUUACCAACUGGAAGAUCGGAUUUGAUUCUGAUCCUAGGUUGCAUGACCUAAAACUUCUUUUACUUGGUCUUUUCCACUUUACAUACUAGUUCUUUAUGGAGAACUGAUACUAUCGUUGUUCUUAAAUUAAAUAAGCCCCCGUCUCUAUUAAGCUUCCCCCCCCCCUCAAAUGGGCUUAAAACAAAUAAGUCCCGGGGGGGGGGGCUUAAUAGAGGAUUUAAGGUAGUGAAGAAAAAUGCUUUUUUCAGAACAGCAAGAUCUACUGUAGUGUGGCGUCAAGAAAGUUUAGUCAAGAAAACUGAGAUUACCUUGUGAAAUAUAAUAAUUCCUUAAGAGAGUUUUGAUUUAAUUUAAAGAUGUCUCCAUGUGGGCAGUAGUCAAAAUUAUUAAGCAGAAGGCUGUUAUGAUACAUGUAGCUAUUGCAAUAACUGUCCUUGUGAAACGAGAAAUCUGAUCAAUUCAAAGAGAAACGGAAAUUUAACUUAUUUUACUGGUUUCUGUCUUUAUGUGUACCAUUUUAUCAGAUUAUCAAUUACUUCUGAUCUCACUUUCUUGAGAGGUAGGGGUCUUGUGAUCCGCUCUUGAAAUUGUGUGAUACCGCAUCUUUUGGGGUUCCAGUGUUACCCCCUGUUCUGCAACGCCGUUGGUAGAUCUUAAAACUGUGUUUAGUUUGCAUACACUUUCACAAACUUUCCUUGCUUUCGGGUAGAAGUGGAAUUUUAAACCUCCAAACAUGUCUUGAUUUAACUACAGUAUUGAACAUUACGCAAACUGGCGAUUGUGCGAUUGUGUAAUCCCCCUAUGCCGCUUCGGUUUCGGAAAGGUCCAUCUAAUUUAAAUAAAUUUCGUGCUGCUGAGAUUGGCCUUUGGGAUUUCUCGGGCAGAAAUUUUCAAAUAAAUUACGUCAAAAUUCAAGAAAGUUCUAAGACAAUGUGGCAGCAACACAGGACAAAGAUCCUUCCUACAUACGGCUGAUUUCUUAGGCCCCGUUUAUAUGGAGAAAACUUAUCCCGAGUAGAAAGGGUACCCUCUUUAGCGAGCGCUCAUAUUAAAAAAAUAAAGGUGAUCCCUUUACCCUAGCCAAUAGCGCUCGGGCAUACUCUGAUUGUUUCGAGUUUACCUGGAUGGGCGAACCAAAGCAACUUGGCUCGUCUAGGAUGAUGACCAAUUUUUUUUUUCCGAGGAAAGCUUUAAACGUUAAUUUCCCAGCAAGCAAAGCCACUUAUCCCGGUCAACUGGAUGAGACUUUUUGUUUUAGCACUGAAAAUACCGAGCUCAUGUCUAGGAACGGUAAAUCCUUUUCCUACCUCCCUACCACAGCGUACCUGCUGAAGGAGCGUAAGUUGCAAAAUGUAUACAUAAUAAACACGCUACCCUGCAGUGUAGACUUAGCGUUACAAGGUCUUUAAAAUUAAGGAACAAUAGCUGUAUUUCCCGGGGUGUAUUUCCUCUUGGUCAGUCCCCCAAAAAACUCAUCUCUAAAACCGAAAAAAUAAUCGAGUUUGCCAAGAAGGAAUAGCCAUACUGCCGGAGUUGGUGAAUGUUGCCCCUUUUUGUGGUAACAAAAGUCUUUGAUGUUGAUAUAGUUUAAAAGUUUUACCCUUGGUUCUGUCCCUUCAUCAGUUAAGUUCUAACAAGUCUUUGCAAACGAUCAAACAAAAGAAAAUGGUUUCUUACGUUUAAUUUAACCAUUGUGGCAAAAUGCUUACAUCACUACUCAAUGAUAAUUUUGUCCAACCUCGUUCCCAACGUAUUUCUUUCGUGAGCCAGCCUUGUUCCCAGGGCCUCUCUUCCGUCGUCUUACGUCACUCUUGAGUCGUGACACAGAAGACGAAAAAAAGGACCCCGGGAACGGAGUUUUUCGUCAACUGCACCAUUAAUGACGUAGCAUGACGCAGUUAACGAGUAAAAAACUCUGGGGGGCGAGGUUGAAUUUUGUCUUGACCUAAAACUUGGAAGGGUCUAUGGGAUCGUCCUUGGUCAUUCCUGUCUUGAUAGCAAUCAAUUCCACGGUUGAUUCCAGAGACUGCCACACGCGCAAAAGAACGUAGGGAUGAUGCCUGGGAUUGUUAACAAAAACCUGUAGGUAAAAUAUUUAAACAGUUUUAAAGACCUACCCUUGAGCAAGGCAUACAAGCAACUCUCUAUUAGCGAACCUUUAGGGUUGAGUUGGCCUUUGCCAUUUUUCAGUUGUGUUCUCGCAGACACUCUGCAAGGUAUACACAGCUAUAAGACGGACAGUUAGCAAGGACUUUUUUUAGGAUCCGAUGACGGGAUAGCAGAAAACGUUGCUUAAAAAGUGAAAUUACGUUCUUCCAGUCCUUAUCGCGAUCAUUACUACCCACAAUACUUUAUGAAAGGUAGGCGAACCCUUAUUUUAGCCGGGUUGUUCAACAUGUUCAAAGCAGGGUUAAGAUAACCCAUGGUUAGUGCGAAGUUUAAAUUCAAAUACGAAAGCUUAAAAAGUAAAUUCAGAUUAAUUCUUUUUGCCUGCAAUGUAGUGAUUUGAUGCUCCUUAAAUAAAAGAGAAAAUUAUCCCAGAAAAUACUUUUGAACAGAAAAAUAAGAAACCCAGAUUAAAAUUUAAUCCCGGCUUAGCGCUAGGUAAGGUAAGGUAACGCCUUUAUUUAUAGAGGGUAAACACGUGACAGUUAUAAUAAAACUGACAAAGUUGUGACCUUCUAUAAAACAUAGAAUCGAAUAUUAAAAUAAUUUUACACUGUCGUUAUAAAAAGAUAUGGUAGCUGAGUCAAAACUGAGCAGUUUAUCUAUAAGUUAUACAACCAUGAAAAUUUUUUCUUAAAACCUUCUCAAGACACAGCUACCCUUAACUGACUGGAGACCGCCCCUCCCCCCCCGCCCCCCACUCCAAAGAAUACUCAACCGUCGAUAAAGAAGGAAGUGAAAAAAAUUGGCAAGGAAAUACUGUUUCGUGUAGAAUAAAUCGCCUCCCCACUUCUUAUCUAUCUCAAACAAGCGAGACUUAAACGCUUUUAGAGCGUUCUAGUGUUUUUUUUUUUUGAGGUUCUCGUUCGGAUCAUCGGUAAGUCUCUGAUGCUAGUUGCAACGGUGACGUCUAAAGUGAGAGUUGACUGUGUGGGUGGAUCAUGGACCAGUUGCAUAGAAAUAUAACGGUUUAAAAAAAAUAGAUAUUUUAUUGAUUACAUACAUUGUAAUACUUACAUAAUGCAUGUACGCUAUCACAUCUAUAACAUAAAGAACCUACUACAAGUUCACUAUUUCAAAGCAAAUGACACUACCUACAUUCAAUGCUAAUACGAUGAAAAAAGGUACUACUAUGAUUACAAAAUAAUAAUAUUAAUAAUACAACGGUGUAUUUCAAAUACAGCAGAAUAACUGAAACUUUUUCCAUUAACAUUCAUGGUCGGCUACUAUGUUAACCCGUGAACAUAAAUGACUUUAUUUAAAGAUCUUAGAGAAAGGAUAGGUGCAUUUUAACGACAUUCAUAAAUAUGUUGCUUGCGUGUGAUUAUGAACAUGUAAUCUUCUUUUCUUUGCUAAAGUCCAAAAGGCAUAAUCGCUGUUUGAAAUUUCCCUUAAGAUUAUGUCCAGUUCAUUACAUCUAACUGAUAAAGUCCGAACAGAACACAUAAUGAAAAAAUGCUCAAGGGAUUCGCUAACUUAUUAACUUUGUUAACGUAUAUGCAUACGCCACUUGCACAUUUGCCAUAAUGAAUUCGUACCUUAUUUGCCCCCCAAUAUUUUGCAGAAGCAUUGUUUUCAGUUUCUCUUGGGACGGCAGAAAUACCCGUGAGAAACGAAAAACAAAGGUUAUGCAAUUUUUAGGGGGAGGGGGGCGUUGAGGGGGGGGGGAAAUAAGGUGCAUUAUGGGAGACGUGCAAGUGGCGCAUUUGAAUAAAUGUAAAUAUUUGUUCCUGCUUAGCGUGCGUAUAUCGAGUUAUGGAUGCACGCGGGAAGUUUGGAGAGCACGAAAGACGCUUAAGAGUUGCACGAAGCGAUAGCCGAGUGCAACUCUAGCUUCUUGAGUGCUCUUCAAGCUUCCCAAGUGCAUCCAUAACUCGAUAUACGCACAGCUAAAAGCAUGAGCAAAUUCUUUUAUAACACAAGUAGCUGACAAAAAUGCUUUCUUUUUAAUUAACUGCAAAAUUCUCGUAACGCGCGACACAAUAACAAACGCUUCUAUUGGCUGAUUACAAACACGCCACAAUCGUCUAGUUUGAAUGAAAAUCCUUUCUGUAAAACUGAGAAAGAAAAUUUGCUUCUUUAUUCGUUAACGAUCAACGGAAACUAAGCAGAAACAGUAAAAAGAGUCUUAAAGUUUAACUGAAGUUAAAAUACUCACAUGUUCGGAAGAACUCGUGGAGUAUGGUUUGGAUAUGCUGAAAAGAUGUUUACGUUUUGCUCGGCGAAAUCCAAAAAACAUGUUUUUUAGGGAAGACGAAUGUCAUCCUUCUUUAAACUUACAUUCAUUUACGAACAUUAGCUGGUCAUUACGGCUUCUUGCAGUAGAAAUUUUCCUGCUUCAGUGGAUUGUUUGGCGAUAACAAAAGUGCAAAAGUUUUCGUUACUAAGCCUACUUUAUAAUUAAAUUGUUUUGUAAAGGAUAAACAAACGUUAGAAACGGAGGACACUUUAUACAAAUUGGAUAUUUUCCGACACAGACCAGUUUCUGGUCUUUUCCCACUUAAAUGUCAGCCUUUAAGGCAGACUUUUCAACGAAUCAUUCAGGCCCUAUUAUUUGCGAAACAUCUUCACCGCUUUUGCUGUUGGUUUAAGUGGCUAGAACGAAGCUAAAUUUCAAAACAAAUCUAGGAAGUUUUUCAUCAUUGCCGUCGAUUUUUGGUUACUUAGGAAAAGAGACGACAAAACACAGCUGAACACGUCAUCAUGAAAAAGAUCUUUAUUUACGCACGGGCGUGCGUAAAUAAAGAAUUUGUUCAUAGCGGCGCAAUAGGACUUAUAUAAAGGUAAGCACGCGCGCUAUGUUAUUUGAUAUAAACACGAGAGGGGUUGGGAGAAUUCGAGACAGUUAUGCAAACCCGAGACGAAGUCGAGGGUUUGUAUAACUGUCGAGAAUUCUCCCAACGCCUCGGCAUAUCAGGCUAUGCAAACACAGGAAAAAGGCAAAGUCUUGUCCACGAAGUCUUGCACGCGUAAUCAGUUCUUGUUUUGCAAAAAGAUGCUUUCCAAAAUACGGACUUUUCUCGCUUAAAAUGUCAGCUUAAGCGAAAAAAGAUUGACACACUUUCUUUGCAAAGAUUUUCCAAGUUUCAGCCGAUGAAGGAAUGGGUAAAUAAAGUACACUUGUCGAGUUUUGAACUUAAAAACUCUUUCAAAUUCAUGCUUGCGUGAUUAGCGCGCAACCCGGGGGGGGGGGUACUCCCUUACAAGAGCCUAAUGGGGAUGUGCCGCUGGAUGGGGUCGCAUUUUCACGACUGGAGUGACUAUAAUGGGGUCGCAUUUUCAAUAGAGUUACUAGAAUGAGGUCGCAAAUUCUCGAAUUUUGGGGGUAAGUAGGGAAACAAAAUGGGAAGAUUCUCAGUUAAAAAGAUCAGAAAGUUGUUUAUUAAAUUGAACAAUAAAAAAGUGACUAAGAUGGGGUCUAUAAUUGGCCAAAAAAUAGACUAAAAUGGGGUGGGAGCUCUGAGAGGCCAGCGGCACAUACCCAGCAAACAUUAACCCAAGUACCCCCGGGGCGCGCAAAAAGCAAAACAUCUUGACGCCACAACCAUGUUGACAUACUCUCAUGCAAACACUCCUCUCAGCCAAUCAGAGCGCGUGUACUAUCUUAGUUAUACUCCGCGGGUCAGCGCUAUUAGACCAUAUCUUGUAUACAGUAUGUUGUGGUUCAAUUUUAUCCUUGGUUCAAGUUUUAUUUUCCUUUGUUUUUGGGUAUGGUAACGUAUGAUAAUGAGUUUAAAACAAAAGGAAAUAAAAUUUAAACCAAGGAUAAAACUGAACCACAACAUAUAUUUAUGUGAAUGUGUGAGUCAAGUAUGAAACAGAUUGUUGGAAAAAUUCAACUUACUUGCGAGGCCCAGAAGACGCAAAUAAACAAUAUAAACCAUAUUUCUUUUCUUUGAUUGUCGAAUUUUGAUUCAAUAUUACUUAUGAGUUUUAUGCACUUCACAUUCAUGAGCAAGACCAAUUGACUGGAAAGCCGUGUUAUGAAAAUAUCAGUGAUUAUGGAAACAGAUUACGCUUGAAUUAACUUCAUAACAGGAGUCAUUAUGCAAUUAAAUAAUAAUUGGCUCCCCCUUUCCUCUAACCCGCCUCCUUCGUGAAGUGGGACCGACUGCACAGCCGGCGUACAUUGUUACUGGGAACGUUCUUGACUAACCUUAAUGAGGUAAUUUGUUCCUUGCACAAGUUGACUUCUAUAUGACAUGGAUUCAAAUAUUGGAAAGUCUUGGUGUGCCAUUUCCUCUGCUUUGGACUUCACCUGUCCGAGAGACAAGUUGAAGUUAUUUUUCACCCUGUUAGUAAAGAGGUGCGAAAAACUAAAUACCGUUAAGUCCGAGUCAUAUGCACCCUAACUAUACGUCCCUUCACCUCUUCUCUGAUAGUAUCAUCUACCGAUUUACAAUAAUUGAAUAUUCCGGCUAUAUUAGAAAGCCUUCUACUCACAUUUUUGCCUUUUUAGUCUCGCUUGCUUUAGCGGGGAGACUCAGAAAAUGCAAGCGUUUCUUCUUUUUUUUCUUUCGUGUUUGGGCCCUCUAAGGGGGGUCAUAGUCCGAGGCGUUCGUAGCAUAGACCGUGGAAACUGGGGAUAAGUAUCUCUGCGUGACAAAAGCCAUGCAGUGAAGAUUAAUGCGAAUGAUGCAGAGCUUUUCCGGAACGGGUCGGUCUACGAAUUCUAUCGCUUGAAAGUGUCGAUUAUUUUGGAACAAGUGAAUACUUCAGUGGUUGAAAUAAAGGAGAAAAAAAUUUCGAUGGAGAAGUUAUGUAAACUUUCAGUGUAUGCAAAUGAGUCUUGUGAUGAUCAUGCGGUUUAUUUUCGGCGAUGUUGAAAUGACGCGCUAUGUUGAUCACGUUUCGCCAAAAACGAUUCAAAAAGAUUACUCGACAGUCGAUAAAAAAGGGACAUAAAAAACUUAUAGCAAGGAAAUCCUGUUUCGUGUAGGAAGCCACAUUGUUGCAAGGCGAAGAGUUCGAAAGCAAGUGAAUUUAAACUCCCGUGAAUUGAGGAAUCGACGUUUUAUGGCAGAUUCACUAUUUUUGUGUGUGUAUUUAAUUGAGAAUUUUAAUGGGGUUAACCGAUAGGCGUAAAGCGGCCAAAAAUUUAUUCGAUAGCCGUAGAAAUUGAAAAAUUUUAACCGUUAGCCGUAAAUAGGGUAAAAAAGUUAACCGUAAAAGAAAUUGUUCCCUAGAUUUGUUAAUUUUAAGGAAGGUGCUAAACUCAUUUAUGCGUUGUUUAUUUUCCGGCUACUUUGACUCCGCGCGCACGUUAGGCUAAGCGCCUCAAGUUGUGACCUAGACCUAGACUCCAUUUCCGCUGCUCUUUCGAGGAACUAAUUUUUUGCAUAGCGAAAAUCUGGCUUCUUGCUGGGGAUUAAAAUUUGCGAUUUUCAGGAGGUCGUGCCCUCGAAAUACUAGUGAAACAACACCCAGAGAUGUCACUGUUUGUAAAACACGUUGCCGAUAAACAACAAUUCCCUGUUUUUCUCUGACGCUAAGGUAGACAUUGCCAUGCCUAGUCCCUGUUCGGCGUCUUCCCACGCAAUCUCGGUGAAGGCAUGUCGGUGGCGUAUCUGAGAAAAAAAACUCGCUGGGACCACGUGACCCGAAACGCAUUAGCCGCGCGGAAUAACGAGGCCUAUGGACAAGGCAACGGCUGACAGUCUUUCUGUACAGUCCUUCACUAUCAUUAAAAAAACGGGACAAGGGAAUUUUGUUAUUGGCCGUUUUCAAACUAGAGCUAGAAAUGGAUUAUCCUUGUGAGACUGGCUUGUGCACAGUCGCCCCCUCCCCCACAGACACCCCUUUCCCGAUUUUUCUGAGGGGAGGGGGCGGCUGUACACAGGCUAUCAGAAACGGAUAAUCCAGCUUCAAACUGUCCGUCAAAAUUGACGGAUAAAGUCAGGUGGAUUGUUCAUUCAAAAUUAAAACCCUUUCCAUUUCAAAUUAAGAAGUAUUACCUAUCUGACGCGAAUUUUCAAACGAAUAACCCACCUCCCACGAAUAAUCCGUCUCUAGUGUGAAAACGGCCAUUUUUGUGUCUUGAGUUGCGAGUCCGCGUGUCUGCUUUUGCUUUUUCACAAAGAUUAUUUUUAAAUUGACUAUUGACAUUUCUAUGCGUAAAAUAGUAUUAGAAAUGGAUUACUUUAUAAAUAGUAGAAGUACCAAAUGUUAAAACUUCUCAAAAGAAUAACUUCAUUUUAUUCCGAGAUGAUCCUAGGACCGUUAUUUUGCUUUGAAGAUACAAAAAAUAGGUGAGCACAGGAGCCCAUCAAAUUGAUAGGCUCUUGGUGAGCACCAGCAUGGCGUCUCCAUACAAAUCUCUAUAAAUUUGGGUAAAACAUUUGUUCGGAUAUCUCGUAUACGAAAUAUACCGCUGACCUGAAUCUUGGCGAGGGUCUUUGUAUAUGUACCUCCUUUCAUUUCCCAGAUUCUGGACUUUACCUAUUGAACGGUUUUGAUUUUUAUUUUGAUCUAUUUUGAAUCGCGUGACACUGAAAACCAGCAAUUUGGAGAAUAUUUGCGAAGCUGAACAACCCUAAACGUGCACUAUCGAAGAUGAACGUAACAUCGAUGGAUCGAUGGAGGUAAGCAUGUUUUAGACAUAAUUUUAAACUAGGAAUUAUUUUGAAUGAAUAAUAAAACAAUUAUUGAAUUCGGCUUCCGUAUCAUAUGAAAAAUUAUGGAUAUCUCGGAGGGUGUUAUCCAUCGAGGCCGUAUAACACCCUCCUCGAUAAUUCUUCAUAAGAUACUCAGCCUCAUUCAUUAAUUGUUAAAUAAUAAAUUCUUUAUUAUGUUGAAGCGUAACUCUAUUAAAGUUCAUUCAAACACUCGACCACACUGACAGCUCGCACUAGAAAUGAGAACCGGCUGGCCGUAUGGGUGAUUUUGGAAGUUUUUUGAACGGUUUCGCUAAAAGCCCACGAUUGAUCGUCCUGAAUAUUGACUGAGUACAAUUUGUCUCGAAAAAUUAUGAAAUACCGCAUUCUGUCCGAGGUCUGUGUGAUAAAUAGUACUGUUUCAGCUCAGUUGUGAGGUUUGCAAGAAUUUGUAAAGUAAAAAAAUUUGCAAAAAAAUUCGGCCUGAUUUGUUUUCCAAGAAUUUGUUUUCCAGGCCAAAUCUACUGUGAUCAAGAGCCAUUAUGGCUCUUGUGACAUCGAAGAUGUUUGCUAUUUUUGGGGUGUACAUAUAAGGCUAUCAACUCGAUGUAAGAUGUUUCACUCUAAAAUACCUUAGCCUUUCCCUCAAAACUCACAUGAAUGUGCCCUUAAGUUAACUGAUUUGUGGAUUACAAGUUUAUUGUUUGACUUAAAUUAUAGAUUUAUUAAUUGGAGCUUCGCUUUUAGCCCUAGCUAAAACUAUAUAUUAGGCUUUACAGAUAUUUCAUAUAAUUCAUUAUAGUUAUUGUAUUUUUAUAUAUAUUUUUAAAUUCAUGUAAAGUGCUUUUGAUCAUUUUAAUGUUAAAAAGCGCUAUAUUAAGUGAAUAAAUUAUUAUUGUUGUUAUUAUUAUUAUUAUUAUUAUUAUAUUUUUAGCCAAUUUUAUUGACCAUCCUACAGUACAAAAGAAUAUCUUGACGAUCAUAGUGUUUGAGCUGCUGUUACUUACAUGUGCUUUACUUGGAGGUUUAGCCAAGUAAAUGUAAAAAAUACAGGAAGAUGUUGCAUUUUUGAGGAUAAAUGAAAUAGUAACGAAUUGUAAAGUGGGAGGAUAAACAAUAGCAAUGAAAAAGACAGCUUCUGACAUUCAUAUUGAUAAAAGUGUUUGAUUUCGAUUUUUUUUCUGGUUUGGGUGUUAAGCCAAAACAGAAUAAUGUUAUCGGGGAAACAAGGCAUUUCGAAGUUAAGUCGAGAAGGGCAAUAAUAGAUUAUAGAUGUUACAAAAAAAAAAAAGUUUACGUGAGGAGGGUACCACAUUAUGCUACAGCUUAAACUAAUACCUGGUCGCAAAUCUUUUGAACCUUUCCAUCGGCCACUUUCAGGUCGCUCCAUCCACCAACUUCAACCUGGGUAGACAUGUUGUCUAGAAGUUUUUUAAGUCAGAAGUCCGUCUGAGAAAUUCCCAACGAGGACUGAUAAAAAGCGAGAUAACUCAAGAUCAGUUAAAUUCACAACUGAUUGGUGGCAUGACAUAUGACGUAAGGAUUAGUUUCUUGGAAUGCGGAAUAUAGUUUUGUUUUUGAUUAAGGGGUUUCCCGUAAAGUGUCAAGUUUUUAUUUGCCAUGCCAGGACUUGUGAUUUUAAAGAAAAUUUAAAAUCCCGUGAACUGUGAACGACACGGCAGUCGUGAUACGUGAAACAAAGAAAUUAUUUUCCGAUAUCGUCGUGAUAACUGACGACAAAACGCAUUGUUUAUAGUAAAAACAUUCUCGUCGAAGACCUACGAGGGCUACAAAGCAAUACCCCAGGGGUGGGGUACUCCCUUAUAUAAGCUAUAUAGGUAUGUGCCGCCCCAUCGGGUAGGGUUUUUGCGCCGUUUUGGUCUGAAAACGAGUAUACACUUUGGCCAUUUUGGUCUGGAAUCGGGUAUGGUUUUCGGGGGAAAUACAGGAGUGUAUGAUCGAAUAAUUUAUCCGUUGCAAUUCCAAAUGAGUAAGAAAGAGAGAGAAAUAUGCGAAUUCGAUUUGAUUUGAUGAAUUUGUUUGUUUGCGCUCUAAUCUAAGUAAUGAUAACAUAAUUUCUGCCUAAAGGCCAGGUCUGAAAACAGGUAUGGAUUUUAGAGGACUGGUCUGAAAACGGGUGCGGAAAAUGACAGAAUUCCUAGGAGUAACCCCCCGGGGCAAUGCUAAGCGGAAGAACUGUUAAAAUUUGAUCGUAGUUCGCAGCCCUGCAUGAAAAUUGAAUAAAUCAAACAGAAUGGCCUCAAUGUACAAUAUGACAAAGAUUUAGAGUGGAACAAAACAUAUGGUGAAAAGACUUGAACAAAAUCUGUAUAAACAGAUUUGAAAAUCCACGCACAAUAAUAGAGAGUAAAACAUUUGUUCGUGGACUGUUUCUUUGGUCUACAAAAUUAGAUUAUUUAAAGAUCUGCAAACAUCUCUUAACUGCCAAAGCUGUUGUUUGACAACCUGAGGUUUUCUUUCUGAGUACUUACGUAUUGCAGCUUCUCAGUUGGUGAGAAUCUGAUAAGUAUAGUUGCAGCAAGCAGCUCCGUAAGCUAAAAGCAAUUAGGAGUUGAGUGGCCCAUUUUAUAGCACAAUAGAGAGGAGAAGGCGUUACGUCACGUUGCCAUGAUAGCAUAAUUUCCAGAUGACAACAAUGCGAAAGCGUCACUUAAAAAGUGAAUUCGCACUGAUUCGAACUUCAUCGAUCGAUCUUAUUCAGUUUCAUUUAAUUUGUAAAAUCUUGGCGAAAUUGUUUGGUGUUGAAUCCGAAAGGACCGUAUCCGAGUUUAGUUUAAGAAAAAGAAAAUUCUUGUGUUGUGUUCACCAACUCCACUAAAGUGUUUGCGUGAAAUUAGGAAGUUUCAAGUUGCAAACGACGGCUAAGAAAUGUACAAAAAAAAAGCGCGAUUGUUGCUUUGCUAAAAUAGACCGAUUGCUUUUUAGUCGUUCUAGUUGCCGUCGCCGUCGUUGUUGCUUAAGUUCCCCACUUUUGUGAUCCAGAAAUGUUGCUACCAUGCAUGGAAACGUGACGUUACUUCUCCUCUCUAUUCAAUAAUGAUGCAGGGAACGGGAAAGUCGUUAAGUUCAGGGAGUUGUAAAAUGAAAUUAUGUCAAAGACAUUUCACGUUCUGCGAAAAGGCUAAAAAGAGUCAGUAGACUUUUAAGAAAUUUAAUGGAUGCCUGCAACUUACAACCUGAAUCAGCUUUGUUUGCUUGAACAAAGAAUGACUAGUCAACAUGGUCAAUGAUGAAUGACGGCUCUGCACUGCCGAAAGCCAAUAUCAGUGACCGCAAAUCAGUCCGCGAAAGUAGUUUCUGCUAAUUGACUUCAAGGACCUAAAAAGUUAGCAAUAAGUGGUAAUCACUUAGUUUAGUUUGAGAAUCUGAAGUUAAAGCGUAGUUGCAGCAAGUUUCGAAGACUUCAAUCAAGAGAGAGUGGCUCAUUUUAUAGCACAAUUUAAUAAUAAUGCAGGGCACGUGAAAUUCAUAACUUCGUAAAAGUGUUCCGGGUUUUACAGACACCCCAAAAUAUUUAAUAGGGAGCAUCAAAUAAGGCAGUCGAAAAAAGUCGCGCCUAAAGGAAAAGAAUAAACAUCGUCAUCGCAAUAUAAUGUUUAUAAACGUACAUGUGAUGUGUCUACGCGCGCAUGUAUGGCUCUAUAAACAAGGCAUCCGUAGGUAAAGGAUGACCUCGACUCACAACCUGAAUCAACUUUGUUUGCUUGAACAAAGAGUGGCUAUUUUGAGCAAACCGGUCAAGGUUAUUCUGCUAGGAAAGCCAACAUCUAUGACCGCAAAUCAGUCAACGUGAGUAGUUUCUGCUGAUUGACUUCAAGGAACUAAAAAGUUAGCAGUAAGUUUUAAUCACUUACUUCGUUUGUACGAGAAUCUGAAAAGUUGCAGCAAACAGCUUCGUAGACUUUAAUCAAGAGAGAGUGAAUUAUUUUAUAGCACAAUUUUACUAAAGAUGCAAGGCACGGGGAAGUCAUGACGUCAUAAAACCAAAGUACGUUUAACACAUUUCACGUUCUUAGAACAUACUGGAAAAAGUCAACAGACCUUAAAGAAAAACUAAUGGAUGACUGCAACUCACAACCUGCAUGAAUUAGCUUUGUUUGCUUGAGCUAUUUUGAACAAAUCGGUCGAGGUGAUUCAGUGAUGACUGCAAAUCAGACCACGUAAUUAGUUUUUGCUAAUUGAGUUUACUUACCAAAAAUAGGAACUAAUUACAUACACUGCUUCUUGUUUAAUUCAUGUUCGAAAAAGUAAACCUUUGCCCAGCUAAGAGAAGUUGAAAACAUUAUUUAUAUUCACACAAAGUCAAAAGAGUAGGCAAAACGUUGUUAUGUAAAUCCGUAGAUAGAUAAUAGCAUCGGCAGUAAAAACAAAGCUAUAUAAAUUUGUUUUUCGUAAGUGCGCUCCUCGUUUUUUGAGCACUACAGAAUCGUCGUUCAGUUACAUCUUUAAUUUGUUUCCGCCCUCAAAUUAAACAAGUUAAUAGGCCUUUUUAUCUUGUAGGUUUUCUUUUUCCAAUUCAGGCUACGUCCACAGGAAUCCAGAUUUUUGUGAAACCGCAUACCUUUUUUUUACACGAAUCGGCCUUCACGCAUAAACUAUUUUCUUAAAUUAAAAAAAAAAAAAAACAUAGCAGUAAGAAGCCUUUUCGACGAUUUGGUACCAUUUAUUCAUCAAUAGACACCUCUUAGCCAAUGUUUUACUCUUUCGUGUUAUCCUUCUUGCUGGGGAAAUUUCGAUCACGCUUAUCGCCGGCUUUGGACUUGUCAGCGACUUCUCCUCUCGUUUAUUGUCUCCUCGUUGUUCAUUGAUCUCCCUGUGUAGAAAUAUCAGAAAGCCGGAUUCUCAACCCUAACAUCAAAAUCUCAUUUAAUGUCGCUAUUCAUUUUCUUUAGAAGUAGUGGGGCGAAUUUGCUGAUCAAGUAGAUUCAUCUUCAAGUGGUCAUAGCAUGUCCUUAAGUCUCAAGACCUCUCUUUUUUAUAGAGCCUUUAUAUCACAGGUCUUACAGGGAUAAAUUUUCAGCUUAUCACUUUCAUUUGGCCGGGGUUUAGAGUACCGUAAGACCUGCGUAAAUCGCUUCAUCUUUACCAAUUGCAAUAAACUAAUUCGAAUUCCCGAACGCUCAAUUGAUUGUACAAGCGCAUUAAUGUUUGUCUUAUCCAUUCUAAAGCUUACCAGGAAUGCUAUUGAAUUACAAACUGUGUCGUAAAAAUGUUAAUGAAUAGAAUGUUUGUCUAUUGUCCCAAAUGAUUUUCAAGAAAAUGUUAAUUAUGACUCGAAUGCCAGUUGGCGUUAAUGAAAGUAUAUUUUUCUCUUUUGUAUGUCGAAUGACGCAGAUGAAUGCCCAAAAAUGUUAUUGAAUGUUGAUUAAAAUGCAAAAAUCGUUAUUGAAUCUGAUUUAUGUGCAAAUGUUCGCUCUUUCGCGCUAAUGAAUGUAUCUUCGCGCUGUUGCAUUGGUCGCCGUUUCACGCAAAUGAAUGCGUAUUUUCUUUUAAUGAACAGCAAAAGGUGUACUAUAGGAUAUGAACCGUAUUGAAAGGUAAUUACGUAACCUAAGACGUCUGCAACAUCAUGACGCCGAAAUCGCAAUCAAUGCAAUGUGGUACAAAUACUCUGGAAUAAAUUGUUUUCAAGAGAACGUGAGGUGAGAAGACCAUCGGUUACUGUUCACUUGGAAACACGUAUUUCUCGGGUUUUUCUACAUGUAACUAACGGUCACCGCCUCAGUUUUCUAUACCCUGCUUGCAAAAGUUUGAAUGUAACUAAGAAUUCAAUACCUUGGGUAUCCUCAGGCCGCUUAAGGAAUGACUAGGUACCUAAUUUUAAAGAGGCAGUCUCCCUAAAAGCGUUCCACUCGAUUUCGGACUCGACAAAACUUUUGCCUUAUAUUUUUAUCAUCAAUACUACUAUAUCCAUCCUAAUAACGAAAUUGCAGUUAGAAUGAGGAAAUUGUUUAUUUUACCGCCAUUCCCAGCAUUUCUUUGCUGGACGACCGUUAGCGGCUAAAAUAUGCAAAUUUUACAUGCUGUUUCACAGGUUUUUAAACUGUCGUUCAAAAGUACUUCGGGUCAUCAAAUCCUAGACUAUUUGCACUCAAUUGGAAGCAUAUUACUUCUUCUUAUUGCUCCAGUACCAUUUAGGUACUAUCUUUCCGUAAUCAGUGCAAACUGGUCGUCUUUAUUUCACUAAUCCAAUUAAGAAAGCCGAAUGCACGAAUAAAUGCCUCAAAAACAUGACAAUGUUUUCCAAUGUGGCACUUAAGCCAGACCUAAAAACAUGUUUCAGUUAAAGAUUAAGAGCUAGUUUGUCAAGUUAUGUAAUAAAACUUAUGGCACAACGCGAUUCAGAGUAGAAGGAUUCGACUUAAAUUUGCAUAUUGGUGCUGAAUUCGCAUUGCGUGACGCCGGCUGCUGUGAUAGUAAAAAAAUUCUUCAUGAUCCUACAAAUGACAAUUUUUCUGUUUUUUUAACUUUAUCAACAAGAAAACGGAUCUGAAAUAGGUUAAGCAUAUAGAAGAUUAAGUUUACUUUUCUACUAACCUUCGUAUUAAUAGUCUCGGUCGGCCGAGAGUUGUAGGCCAGUAGUUGGCCUUCUUGGUAAGAGUGGGUCGGGAAAAAUACGCAUUGCUCCCUACCCCACCCCCUCGCCCUUUUUCCUACUCGCAUCUCUCUGAGGGUCGCCCCCACAAUCUGAGCGCCUGGAAAAGGCUAUCCGACAUACUUCAGUCGCGUUCUAAACGAACAUUUUUGUUUUAGAGAUACUAUGGUUGGCCAUCCGUUUCAAAAUUAUGACAUCGUGUAGGUGGGCUUUUUUGCCGCGUAUAAUCGUUUAUAAUCGCUAUGUAUGGGCUUUUAUCCCAUAUACAACCAUUUAUAUCGCGUAUAUACGCGUAUUUAAUACGCGUAUAUGUGCAAAAUCAAAUGCACGUCUAUACGCGUUGCUAAAAACCCGUAUAUAUGCGUACCUGUCAAGGCCCACGUAUACGCGUGCAAAAAUGUGCAUAUACGCGGGGUUCAGAAAUCAGACUUGGUAUAAGAUGGCACGAAAAGUGCCUCUAACGGAAUAGGUUUCAUGUAUCGUGGCAAUGAAAAGUGCCUUUCGCAAUGCAAACAUGGCUUCCUCUCUAGCUCUUGUAGUGAUAUGUAUCUUGUCAACUAGUUCUUACAGUUCUCCCACAACGGAUCUUCUGGAGACGGUUUCUCGUCUAUUAAGGGGUUGCUCCAGGUUUUAUCCACACGCCGAUCGAAACAUGGCUGAAAACUUGGUAGUCCGCCUUCAGGUAGCUGUCGAUUCAGUUCGUCGUUUGGUAGAGUCGUUGGACCCAGACGAUCAAGGAAAUGAUGUCAGAAUACCAGAGCUUGAAUCACUGUUGAGGCAACUUCAAUACUUAUUAAACAGAUGGGAGAUGCUGGCAAUAAGAGCAAGUUCUUGCACGACAGUUCGCCCCAUAAGGACUUUGCCAGGUUGGUCAGGUCCUAUAAAUCAAAGAGCGGGUCGUCCGGCCUACGAAAUUUCUACACAUCAGUUGGAGUUUCUAAGAAACAGAAUGAGAUUUAAUUGGUCCCAGAUAUCAAGAAUGUUAUUAGUUUCUAGAACUACCCUUUGGCGCAGAAUUAGAAACCUGGAGUCAUUUUCCAGUCGACAUUAUUAUACAGCCAUCACGGAUUCAGAUUUAGAUGAAUUAAUUCGAGGUUUAAGACAAGGAUUUCCAAAUUCUGGUAUCAGUAUGAUGCUGGGACAUUUGCGAAGUAGAAAUAUUUUUGUGCAGCGUCAGCGUGUUAGGGAAAGUUUGGUUCGAACUGACCCUGCAGGGAGUGCAAUGAGGUGGUUUAACACUGUCACAAGGCGUGUUUACAGUGUCCGAAGACCUAAUUCUCUCUGGCACAUUGAUGGACUGCAUUGUCUGAUCCGUUGGAGGUUCGUCAUACAUGGAGGUAUCGAUGGGUUUUCCAGACUUAUAGUGUAUUUAAGUUGUGCUACAAAUAACUAUGCCUCCACUGUGCUUGCGAAUGUAAUAAUAUUAUUACAUUCGGUUUUUGUGAUAUCUGAAAUAAUCGAGGUCUUAGGUGUUAUCAGCUGAAGCCAAUUACAUUUUCCUUGCCUUUGCUUAUUCUGGUCAUCACAAAAACCUCAUCCAAUAAUUGUUUAUAAUUCUUUGUGAGAGGCCUAUUCACUAAAUGUACAGCAUACAUGUUUCCAUUUGUUAUUUUGGUUUUGAUUUUAACAUGACAUGAUGUACCUUAAUUCUGGUGUGCUUGCAUAAGUGCCAAAAUAAGUUGCUGAGUUUCCAAGUAGAGAUCCACCCCAUAGUUAUCACUCACUGACAGAGGUUGAAUAUGAGAAAUAGCUCCAAGUUCUGUGUCAGUUAAUGGAAUGUUUGUAUCUGGUACAACCACACUACCCAGGUCAAACUCAUUUGGUGCAGGUCCCGUUGGAUCUUCACCAUAUAACUCAUCUGCCUGGCUGUUGUCAUCAAAUAUGUCCCUGACUGUAGUAUUCCCAGAAUUAUCUUGUGAAAUAACACCAUUUACCCAGAUCUGGCAAGGAGUCCAAUGACCUUCUGUGCGUACAGGAUGAUUAUUCCAUGCUUCAACUAGGAGAUUUAACUGGUGGUUUAUUCUUGGAAGAAAUAUGUAAUGUAAACAGAACACAUCUAUAACACUUGUUGAUUCCAGGAUACCAUUUUCUUCCAUUUGGUAAAACAGAGUGUAGAAGAAGUGACCAACUCCUAUAAAGACAUCUCUCCACAGUCGCUCAAUCCUUUGAUUGUGUACAGAGAGUCCAGCAAUCAUGCUUCCCCUGUUCAACCCUCUUUGCCUAAGCAUAGCUCUUGCUACGUCUAGAUUUUCACCCCCUUUGUCUGAACGUACUCUAGAGGGCCAUCCAUAUCUCUGCACAGCUGCUAAGAAGAGGGCAAGCACAGUCGAGGCAUAGUUAUUUGUAGCACAACUUAAAUACACUAUAAGUCUGGAAAACCCAUCGAUACCUCCAUGUAUGACGAACCUCCAACGGAUCAGACAAUGCAGUCCAUCAAUGUGCCAGAGAGAAUUAGGUCCUCGGACACUGUAAACACGCCUUGUGAUAGUGUUAAACCACCUCAUUGCACUCCCUGCAGGGUCAGUUCGAACCAACUUUCCCUAACACGCUGACGCUGCACAAAAAUAUUUCUACUUCGCAAAUGUCCCAGCAUCAUACUGAUACCAGAAUUUGGAAAUCCUUGUCUUAAACCUCGAAUUAAUUCAUCUAAAUCUGAAUCCGUGAUGGCUGUAUAAUGAUGUCGACUGGAAAAUGACUCCAGGUUUCUAAUUCUGCGCCAAAGGGUAUUUCUAGAAACUAAUAACAUUCUUGAUAUCUGGGACCAAUUAAAUCUCAUUCUGUUUCUUAGAAACUCCAACUGAUGUGUAGAAAUUUCGUAGGCCGGACGACCCGCUCUUUGAUUUAUAGGACCUGACAAACCUGGCAAAGUCCUUAUGGGGCGAACUGUCGUGCAAGAACUUGCUCUUAUUGCCAGCAUCUCCCAUCUGUUUAAUAAAUAUUGAAGUUGCCUCAACAGUGAUUCAAGCUCUGGUAUUCUGACAUCAUUUCCUUGAUCGUCUGGGUCCAACGACUCUACCAAACGACGAACUGAAUCGACAGCUACCUAAAGGCGGACUACCAAGUUUUCAGCCAUGUUUCGAUCGGCGUGUGGAUACAACCUGGAGCAAUCCCUUAAUAGACGAGAAACCGUCUCCAGAAGAUCCGUUGUGGGAGAACUGUAAGAACUAGUUGACAAGAUACAUAUCACUACAAAAGCUAGAGAGGAAGCCAUGUUUGCAUUGCGAAAGGCACUUUUCAUUGCCACGAUACAUGAAACCUAUUCCGUUAGAGGCACUUUUCGUGCCAUCUUAUACCAAGUCUGAUUUCUGAACCCCGCGUAUAUGCACAUUUUUGCACGCGUAUACGUGGGCCUUGACAGGUACGCAUAUAUACGGGUUUUUAGCAACGCGUAUAGACGUGCAUUUGAUUUUGCAUAUAUACGCGUAUUAAAUACGCGUAUUUACGCGAUAUAAAUGGUUGUAUAUGGGAUAAAAGCCCAUACAUAGCGAUUAUAAACGAUUAUACGCGGCAAAAAAGCCCACCUACACGAUGUCAUAAUUUUGAAACGGGUGGCCAACCAUAAGAUACUGCAUUAACGAGAACCAUGCUUCUCCUGUCUAGUGACAUUUUGCAACGGGAAGGUCCUUCACACAUUCACCUUUACACUAUAUAUGUGGGACGAGGGUGCAAGGUAGUCCUUGCAGAAAAAUUAAGAAAAUAUGGACUGGAGUUCAAAGAAGUAAAAUCAACAACUAGAAUAUGGUAUCCGCUGUUCACUUCUACGCCACAAUAAGUAUCGUACUCGUAAAUUCUUAUCAAGUAAACUGUUAUUUGCCCUUAAAACAGUGAAAUCAGCUGUGAAAUGUACAUCGUGUUAAGUUAGUGUCCGGAUAUCUUUAGGAAUUUUAUAUUAGUAUAAAUUAUUAGAUGUAUAAAUCUACCGGCCUUCGAUCACAAAUCGAUUGUCUAUGCACAAUACUAGUGCUAUACUGGUAAUGCAGUACGCUAUCAACUCCGAGACGGACAGUGAGUGAAGCAACUGAGUAGCCUGACAGUGUUCGGUUGUAACCUGUUCAAACCACCACUAAAUAAAACCGUUAGCCUGCCUAGUUGUUAAGUUUUGAACCACUAGCGGAUUUAUAUUUGACUAUUUUAGGGAAAUUUGUACCAGGCCUUCGCUUCCUCGCAUGCAAUCUCGCUCGUUUUUUGUUUUAUUUUGCUUUUUGUUUUUGUUUUUUCGUAAGGUUCGGGAAUUUCUGUAACACGUGCAUCGCAUAUCAGUCAUUUAAGCAUAAAUACUAACUAAGUAUUUGAAUCUUUAUAUUCUUUGUCAUAGCAUCUCGAUAUGCAGACAUAAGCAAUAAUAAGACCCUCUCAGUUGGCUCAACAAGAUUGUCCCCGGUAGGCUGGUGUAUCAAAUGAGCACCGCACCGGAGUCGCAAAAACGAAAUGAUAAACGCGGAGGCGCCAAAUUUAGUAAAAUCGAUAUUAAUAUGAAUUUGGAUCCACAAGGAGGGUCCAAAGGCCAUUUUUUAAAAAUGUGAUCCUAGAUCCUUCAGAUGUUCAGGCGUAUGUAUUUUUACAGCAUUAACAUCGUAGAAUGCAAGCGUCUGUAAGAACAGGGUAAUAACCCGCUAACAAGACGUGAGAGGAGAAAAGACGUGAAAACAGUGUAGGGGUCUCGACCUGGAGAAAUGUAGCCUGAUUCUCAGACGUUCGAGGUAGUUCGCGGUCCCUUUCACUUCCCUCCCUCUUCUCCUCCCUAGGGAGAGGGAGGGAAGCGAAAGGGACCGCGAACGACCUCGAACGUCUGAGAAUCAGGCUAGGAGAAAUGUUCAUGUUGGGGAAACCAUCGACAAGGCCGGAUUCAGACUCAGUUCUCACCUCUUGUCACAAAUUAUGUGUGAUAAACCAGUUCUCUGAAGCUUUAAUUCUUCACUGCCUUGAAAGUAUAUUUCUUCACAUGUUCAUAUUCUAGAAUUCUGUACUCUGUUCUACACCUAAAGGAUUCAUCGACAUCAAUUCGCCUAAAAUUUCGAUGAUCUACACUCAAUCUACACACGCGAUAAUCGAACGACUACACAGUUCCAAGACUCUCGUGCAAAGUUCAGUUCUCAGAUCAUGUGACGAGUUUUCCCGCCACAAUGACGCAAUAAUUUUCUAACACCUCUACUGAUUGUUCGAAUCCAGAGGUAUUCGACCACGUUGGGCUUUCAACAGAAAAUUCUGUCGGUGAAAACAAUUGAGUGCUCUCAGUAAUAUGACUAGGGGUAAGGGGUUCGUAAUCACGAUUUUGACUUGCAAUUUAACUUCGUCUCCACAAGAUAGUACACGAUCUUCGCAAUCUCCAAACUAAUGACACACCUGUCAUGUCCUUCUUACUAAUAUUCCUUUCUUGCUCCUCUAUGCGAAGAACGAGGUGGCCGCCAAAAUCGUCGUCCGAAUUUAUAUGUCGAUGUUGUGGGUAAUCCCCGGGAGGACUCCCAUAUAAAAGUGAAGGGGAUGCUCGUGGGAAAAUUAAAAUUAAACCCCCGAGGGAGGCCAAUGUGGGUGUGGCUCAAGCUUAAACGGACCCUUAAAGAAGAUUUCUGUGAGGUCAGUGUCACGGCCUUUUUUGCAAAUUUCUUUAUGCACAGCCCUAAGCGAAACCUGAAUGAGCAUAUUUAGUCACUUUCCGUCCCAAACACCCUAAGUGAGACCAAAAUCUGCAAACGAUGAGCACCCGCGUCACUUUUGUGUGGGAGUCGCCCCGGGGAAGCAAAUCACCAUCUGUUCCACUUAAUUUUUGGUAGGGUCAAUGAUUACCGUCUCUUGAGAGUAUUAAUUGGCUUUGCUUCACUCAGUUCAGACUUCAUGGUGAGAAGUAGUGGUGUCGUGCUGACAUUUGUGUACUUUUAUCAGUUGGGAGAAACAGCGUGAACUUCCACACUUUAUUUUCUUACUUUCACUGAAGUUGCACAAUUCGAAAUUAACGUUGAAACUUUAUUAUUUGCAUGUGCCAACUUCUUUAUUAAUUGGCUGUGAUACAAAUGUAGCCUUGAACUCCGGACUGUCCCUAGGAGCGUGAAAUCUAAAGCUGACCACUCCUGAUUGGAAGAAACAGUCAGUAAAAGGAAGAAACCUUCUAAUUGAAAUUUCAUUAACAAAGGUCUUCAAAUUUGCUCUAAAAUGUGGGCUCCUGAUCAGUGGAAGGUAAAUAAAGGAAAAAUAGUAACUCGCCGUUCGCAGUCCAGUACUAUGGCCCCAUGUUAAGGAAUACAAGGCAGUCUUGGAUUCUGGAUCCCAUUCCAUGGAUUGUGGAUUCCGAUUGCUGGAUUCCAGUCUUUUUCAGUGGAACGUGGAUUCUGGAUUCCAUUCCUUAGUGGGAUUUCGGAGUACUUGAGUUCUAUUCUGGAUUCCAGAUUCCACGAGCAAAAAAUUUCCCUGAUUUUGGAUUCUACAAGCAAGAAUUUCCCAGAUUCUGGAAUCCGGAUACCCUUACAUGGGGCGAAGUAUUAGUCAAACAAAUGCUAUUUAGAACGGUUUGCUUCCAUCAGUGAUCCUGAAAAGUGAACUUACUACAAAUGGCGCAACGAAAAAAACACGUGAAACGUGAUUUCAAAUAACACGUGACAUUGCUUCCUCAAUGACGUCACAAAACACGUUUUCCUAAAUGGGGAAGGGAGAGAUAAACUUACAUGAAGUUAUAACCUUCAGAUUAAGUUAAUAUAGCGAAUUUAAGGGCGAAUAAUUGGCAAAACUUAAAAAAAAUGGACGUCACACAGCCCUAAAGGCUUUUGCCUUCCCCUGUUUAUUGUUUUUUUAACUAUGCAUUUUCUAUGGCAUCAGUAGAUUCCAGGUAGCUUCAGCUAAGUUGUUGUCUCCAACCAUCGCAACUAUAAGAAGACAAACUAAGCAAGCCAAGUAACCAUAUCUGAUGGUAGCCCGGAACGUUACACGUUAUCUAAGCUGGCUUAAGUUUAAGCAGUAUUCCUGCGCGCAAGCAUUGCCUGCUCUCUCAAACUCGCACGCAUUCUCUCUCACUUACAGUCACUCAUACAAACACGACCAAAAAGAGAUAAAAAUUGAAGUAAAGUCACAAAAACAUCAAGAACAGUUAACUUACAUUAAUGGAAAGAGCUGCAGGAAUCUCCGAACCAAGUUUACAACCGUGCCUAGAACCGGUCUCACUGCACACCGUUGACGAGAUAACUGUGCUGUGGGUUUUACUUUUUGUACCCUUGUCUUUCUUUUUUUGGCAUUAAGGGAGCAGAAGCGAGUUUGCCGAAAAGCCGAUGAGACGAUGCAGCAAGAAAACAAUUAUGUUCAGUCCAUCGGUUAGCCUUCCGAGAGGCCUAGGAAGGUGUAAUUCAUGUGGUGGUAGUAUGAUAGUAGUAGCCUGGGUAGUAUAAGCGGCCAUAAAUAAUAUCAUAAGCGAUGGAUUAAACGAAAAUUCUCACCAAGAGAUUUGAAGGUGUAGCUGUGCGUUGUAGCCGCGAAGACAUUUGCAUUCACCGGUAGCUUUAUUUUGACGAUACGUUUUAUAAGUAGUCGAGUGAUCGGAAAACCGGAUAGAACAACAAGCGAAGGAGUAAGCCGACUGUGGAGUGUUAACGAGAACAGCUGAUCGAUAGAUUGCACUAAUAACAUGAGAGAUCAAAGGAUGUUAUGGAAAAGAAAAAUCUUUAAGGAGUGCCUUGUAGCGAAGAUAUUUGCAUUAACUGGUAGCUUUAUUUUGAUGAUACGUCGUUUAAGUCGAAGCGAGCGAAGAAGGAAGCCGAAUGUCGAUAGUUAACGUGACCAUUUGAUCGAUAGAUGAAACCACAGAACGAGUGCACUUUAUGGCCGAGGAUUGUAGUAUGAAUAGACAUUACGUUGUUUAUCGAAUCAGAAGCAUUUUAAGUCUAGUUUUUACAUUUUGCUUUAUGCAUUUAACACCUGUAAACCAUAUAGGACCCCUUGCUCUUUACCUACAUUUCAGUAUUUUAUGUAUCGGUAGAUUUCUUAGCAAUUUCUUCUUAAUAUUACUUAUUGUACUCGAGGUUUUCUUUUGAGCCAGCAAACAACUGAGGAGCAUUGGAAGUGUCAGAAUACUUCUUAUAUGUUUACAGUAUAUAUUUCAUCGUUUGUGGGUUAAAAUGACCUAUAAUCCACUGAAUCACUAGUUAUUUUUUUUGUUAUCAUCCCUACUGGCCGAAACUACGUUUGUGUUUGCUUUCGUGACUCCUUUUGCUGACUCUUUACAAGACAAAUUUCAAUGAAUAAAAUAGUUGAAACUGAUCGUUUAUGUUCUUUUUUGUGGGCUACGAUGUAGUUUCCUACGGCUAGAUCCCUAGAAAUUUUAAAAAUGCCCCCCCCCCCUUCCCCCCUGUACAGAAGAUAUAUAUGCCUGCGUUUGGUUCUUUAACGAUUUUUGUGGAACCAAAUCAUGGACUUGCUAGCGGUAGCUUCUCGAAAAUCCAAGAGCCUUUCAUGAAUUUGGAGCUACAAGCUUAUGCCAAAUGAAGCAGAUCUAAUUCAACCACAGCACCAGUUUGCCUUCAUCAAAACCUCUUCUACUACAACUGCAUUGAUCAGAACAGUCGAUUCAUGGAAAUUGGCUAUCGACAAAAGGGAAAGGGUUAUAUUGGUUAUAUGUGCUUUUCUUGACCUUCAAAAAACAUUUGACGUGAUCGAUCACGCUACUCUUUUAGACAGGGCGGUAAGCAAAUGGUGUACGCGAAACAGCUCUGGAGUGCUAGCUCAGAUCUGUCUGAUAGAACUCAGUUUGUUUCGUGUUGUGGUUGUGGCUCGUCUAAGAGGGAAAUAACUUAUGGUGUCUCUCAAGGGUCCAUACUUGGACCAACCUUUGUCAACGUUCACAUAAAUGGAACAACCGGUGUCCGUCAAUAUUGUUAUUUUCCUUUAUGUAUGCUGACGAUACUGAAGUUCAUACGAGUUCAAAGGACAUUGAUAGAGCUGAGGAAUAAAUCAAUCGUGAUCUGAAAUCAACUAGCGGCUAGAUACCAAACAAUGGCUUAAUAAUAAGUUAUACCAAGAAAUCUGAAGUGAUGCUUAUAGGCACCAUGCUGUUAAGAUUGCACGUGAACUACAAGUCAUGCUUGAUGAUAAACCUUAGACAAUCCCAACACUUCACCUAUUUAGGAUUGGUCAUUGACAAUCGAUUGAACUGGAAUGAUGAUCUACACUUCUGAUCGCAUUCUCACCGCAAUUGACCAAAAGAAAACAUCAGCUGUAGUUCUCCUUGAUAUGAGCAAAGCAUUCGACAGUGUCAACCAUGAUAUUCUGCUUAAAAAAUUACAAGAUAUUGGCUUGUCACCCUCUGCCAUCCUGUGGUUCAAGAGCUACUUGUCAAACAGGUACCAAGCUGUGCGUAUAAAUACUGCUCUUUCCGAACCCCUGCUAAUGAGGCACGGUGUUCCCCAAGGAAGCACCAAUGACUUGCCGUCAAUCCCACAACACUGUUCCACGGACUGCUACGUUAAUGACACUAGAUUGCUUAUGUCAUUUCAAGUGCAGGACUGUGAACCGACUAUGGCCGCGAUGAACGAUGAUCUUAUUAAACUACGUAAUUGGUGUUUUAAUAAUAGGCUACUCCUGAACCUAGACAAGACUAAACUGAUUGUAUAUGAAAGUCGGCAAAUGAUAUCGAAACUUCAGGAUUUUCGCCUUACCCUCUUGGGUAAAGAACUUUUACCCGUCUACUCUGUUAAGGACCUGGGUGUAGUGUUUGAUAGUAAACUCUCAUUCAACGACCACAUAAUUAAAACAGCAUCAUCUUGUAUGUCUGCCCUAGGGCAAAUUAGCCGGGUUAAACAUAUAUUUAGAAAAGACAUACUUGUUACAAUAAUUAAUCCUCUCGUGUUUAGUAAGUUGUAUUACUGCUCGUCCGUCUGGUCGAAUACUUCUGCCAGCAAUAUACGCAAACUACAAGGAGUACAGAAUUUCGCUGCUCGCAUAGUUUCUGGGACAAGGAAGUUUGAUCACGUAUCUCCAGCCCUGAAAGACCCGAGAUGGAUACCAGUUAAGUUCCACCUGUAUCUAAGAGACGCCAUCUUGGCCUUUAAAUCUAUGACAGGUCAGGUACCAAACUACCUCAGUUCAAACUUUAUAUCCAGAGGGAAUAUCAGUGGUCGGACGACCAGAUCAUCUCCCCAGCUUAAUAUACCGCUUUUUAAAACCAAGUCGGGACAGACAUCUUUUUAUUACAGAACUGUAACAUUGUGGAAUGCGUUAAAACCCCACUUUAAAUUAAGUGAAUCUCUUAUCAUUUUCAAACGUAAAAUGAAAGCCUUCCUUUUAAAUCAAUUUUUAAUGUCAUAAAUUUAUAUGUAAAUAGUUUCUUAAUAGUUUAUUGAUAAUCAAUUUGCGGUGUCAUUAAUUCUAUAUGCAAAUAGUUUCUUAAUAAUAGUUUCUUAUAUUUAUUUUUUGAUUACCUGUAGUAUUAAUACUUGUCUCUGAAAAGCCCCCAUGGGGAGUUGACAAUAAAAUUUGUAUUGUAUUGUAUUGUAUUUUUAUAUAUCCUCCAAGGUUUAUCCCAAACUGAAGAUAUUAAUAGGAUUUCAUUCAUUUUAAGUAGAAAUUUUCUGUUAAGGAUUUUCAAGCAAACCAUUUUACCUAUAUUUGAUUAUGGGUGUAUAGUUUAGGGAGACUGUGGUUAACAGAAUGCACAACGUUAGGAACGUUUACAGAAUCAAGCAAUGCGUAGCAUUUUAGCAGCUCAUGUCAAAUCUUGUACCCAGGACAUGUGUACUAAGCUGGCUCUUUUAUCACUAUUGAGUAGACGUUGUGUUCGCAGACUUAAGUUAGUUUAUAAUUUUAUACAUAAUGUCAACUGUCCCGACCAGCUUAAGAACUAUCUAUUAAAGUGAUCACAAUUACAUAUAAUAGAUGUUUUAGCCAGGGAUGCUACUAUAAAGCAACACAUGUCUGUACUGCCAAAUAGCAUUUUUUUCUUUUCUUGGUAUUUUAAUAUUGUUGUAGAUAUAUCUUUUAUUUUUUAAUUAGGCUACUUUGAAUUUACACUUCCUUUAGCAUACAUAACUCUUUUAUAUGUUUUUUAAAAUAUUUGCUGAUCACCGGUUACUGAAUGCCAGCUGGUCCUCUUUGCUUAGCUGAUCCGUUUUCUAUCAUGAUCAGGAUAAAUUAAGAUAUUAUUAUUAUUAUUAUUAUUAUUAUUAUUAUUAUCAACCGCCCUAUCUGGGCACCGACGAAAGUUAUAUUGGGAGUCGAAUAUGGAGAAUUGCUGCGUGCAGCUGAUCGAUCAAAGAAUGCAAACAAAUAUGACGAAUGAUGAAACCAAAAAAAUAUGUGAUUUUUCUGGGCCGCAGAUUGUUAACGUACUUAUUGUAUUAUAAAUAUCAUUAUUAUUCAUUCAAAAUAUUUCCCCAAUUCUGAUUGGCUAAAAGCACACGCAUAAUUCACCAUAACCAGUUACUGAUGACCAAAUUUGGAAGAAUAUUGUGCUUAAAGAGGAAAUGACGUCAAAAAUGCAGCCUUCUACAGGUUAAUGCACCGUUAACCGAGAAGACCUGGGGACGAGAUUGAGUUGUUUUCGUUGUGAAAACUAAAAUGAUGGACACUUCACUCGUUCCAAGAGUAAAAACUACAGUUGGAACUAGGCGAAAUAAUGGCUAAAAACAUAGCAAAAACAGCAAGAAGACAACUCGGAGGGCGACAUUUGCCAUUUGGAGAAUAUUUGAGGAGCUGGACAAACCUAAAACGUACACUAUUAACCUGAGAUCAGGCUCAAUUUUCGAUUGGCUUUGUAAUAACAUUCCGGCGGGCAAGGCGAAACGAAAAAAUUAGCGGUAGCCGUUAAGAGAGAAUGUAUGAGAACCGCUAAAAUUGGGCCUGAUUUCAGGUUACUAUCGAGGAUAAACUUAACAUCGAUGCAGGUAAGCUUGUUUUAGCUAUGUUUUUAAACUAGGAAUUAUUUUGAAUGAAUAAUAAAGCAAUUAAUGAUUUCGGCUUUCGUAGGAUAUGAAGAAUUAAGCAGAUCUUGAAGGGUGUUAUCCACCUCGGCCUGUGUGGAUAACACCCUCCUCGAUCUGCUUAAUUCUUCAUAUCCUAUUCAGCCUCAUUCAUUAAUUGCUAAUUAACAGUAUUGACCGUAUUAUUAUAAAUAGCAAUGAUGGUACUAAUAUAUGACUAUGACCGCGGUUGAUGAUAACAACAACAGCAAUAUAGAGUAUUCGUACAUUGAUAGUAAAAAAAGUAAGAACAUCGUCAACAUCUAAUGUCGAGAAAAACGAAUGUUCCUGUAUAAUAUAUACUGUAUAGUAACUAAUCAAUUAUCAUGACAUUUUAUUAAAUAGUAUUGACUGUGUUUAAUAUUGAUUACUAUUGUGGAUUCAUGUUAAAUCUUUUUAAAACGAAAAGAUCGCCAUUCUGGCCAUAACUUGAUCAAAAAGCGAGGAAAAGACAAUUCUGUUUAUGCGUUUGCUCUGCAUAAGACGAAGCAAUUUUUAGGCUGAUUUCCAGAAUGCGGUUCACGUUGUGAGCACCACCCAGAGAGAAACAUGUUUAAGUAAUUCAUUAUUAAAUGUAAGAUAAAGCAACAAUAUAUUGCUGCUGUGCAGUUUCACUGCUUGAGUUCGUAUUGAAGCGAGCGGUUUCCGUUGUAACUGUGAUAACUUCGGAAGUUUCUCUCACCUUUUUCUUCAGUUAAACUUUUUUAUUCCUCCAUUCUUCCGUUCUUCCGUCUUGUACGCCGUGCUUUGAACCGGGUUCCGACAUUAUAUUCUUACGUAAAAAGGAACAAAUUUGGAAGAUUUUGGAAUAAGAGACAAUCUGAAAACUGUUUCGCUCUCUUCAGAAAUGAGAAGGCGAGACAGGUCACAUCUUUUUAAAUGUCGCGCGAGAUAGCUAAAAUCCAAAAUCCCAUUGGUGGUUGACCUUUGAUUAUCCUUUCUAAUGAUCUGUUUAUUGUUUACUACGAAGAAAUGUGGAGGUGCGAUCACAAACAUUCUGUUGAGUGGAAUCUUCAUUGUGACACUAUAAUAAACAAAAAGACGGGAUGACAAAAAAAAACUACAAUUAAAAACAACACAAGUACGCACGAGGUAAGUCUCUCGGGGAUACAGUAUAAGGGAGUAACAAGGACAGCGGCGUCAACGUCACAUAGAAAAGAGAGUUCGCGUUUUCAAAGUUCAUCACGAUUAUUCCACCUUGCUCAAGUUAUCAAAUGUAAGAGAACCUCCUGGAAGUGAAUUGAUCAAAAGGAAAAAUUCGUUUUGGUUAUGUACGUCCAUCAUUAAAACGUGAAAUUAGGUGAUUUCAAGUGCUUGCCUGCUUGACGGAAAAACUUGAAGUCGGAAAAAUGUAACACGUGCAGAGAUGUGGUUUUGCUGAUUAACCAUGAGCGCUUAAAUUUCUUCCUUUCUCUCGAAAUGAAGCCUUACACUAGUAAUCCAAACAAAUGGUACUGAAAAUUUCGGUCGUUUCGGUAAAAAAGGGAUCAAGGUAAUACCUCGAAAGGUAUUACUUUUAUCCGGAAAAUUUCCACCGAGAUGAACCGUUCCAUUUGAAUUCUCCCAGGUUCCGGGUUUUCCAUACAAAUGGUAAGUGUCGGUCAUGAAAGUGUCACCAAAGACUACUGUGCCCGCGACGCAUUACUGCAGCGAUCAAGCACUGCUCUUUGUUUGUCUUGUCCCAGUCCCAGUCUAGCAUGGUGGUUUUGUACUUUGUAAACGGCUAGCUGCAAGGUAGGGCCUCCAAUGUACUAAACAAAUGGGACCGUAGAACAGUACCCUGUUGCCUAUAGAGUGUUUUCACACGACGUAACCCCGGCCAUAUUGGUGUCCCAAAACAAUGAAACGGCGGCCAUGUUGGUGUUCCAAACCAAUCCAGUGGGAGAUGAACUCUUUUCUUUUAUAAAAUAACUAAGAUAGUACGCGCGCUUUGAUUGACCGAGAGGAGUGUUUGCACUAGAGUAUGUAGACAUGGUUGUGGCGUCAAGAUGUUUUUCUUUUCGCGCGCUAAUCACGCAAGCGCGAAUUUCAAAAAGUUUUCGAGUUCAAAACUCGACAAGUUUACUUUAUAUACCCAUUCCUUCGUCGGCUGAAACUUGGAAAAUCGUUACAAACAAGGUGUGUCAAUUUUUUUUUCGCUUAAGCUGACAUUUUAAGCGAGAAAAGUCCGUAUUUUGGAAAGCAUCUUUUAGCAAAACAAGAACUGAUUACGCGUGCAAGACUUUGCGACUGGUAAGAAUUUCUGUUUUAAUUAAUCAGUGCCAUAACAAAGAGUUUUGCGUUUUUUCUCGGGAAAGUUAUUUUAUAAAAGCAAUAGAAAACUUUUUUCCUGUGUUUGCAUAGCCUGAUAUAAACACUCGAAGGGUUGGGAGAAUUCGAGACAGUUCUGCAAAACUUUGGCAUAACUGUGUCGAAUUCUCCCAACCCCUCGAGUGUUUAUAUCAGGCUAUGCAAACACGGAAAACGUUUUCUAUUGCUUAAAUGCAAACGCUUUCUUUUGUUCCAAUAAAUUUGCAUAGAUGCUGGCCACGUGGGUGAAAACACUCUAAACACCUACGCAUCCUCAAGCCUUCUUCUUGUUCCCCUUGUUCCCCCAUUCCUCUUGUUCCCCCUAUUCCCCUUUCCCCUUGUUACGCCUGUUCGCCCUGUUCAACCUAUUCUCCUUGUUCCCCUGUUCCCCUUGAUCUUCUUGUUCCGCCUGUUCCCAUCUUCCCUCUAUUCCCCUUGUUGCCCUGUUCCAGCUGUUCGGCUAUUCCCCUGUUACCCUUUUCCCCCUGUUCUCCCCGUUUCCCCUGUUGCCUGUACCCCUUGUUCCCUGUUCCCCUUGUUGCCCCUGUUCCCCUUGUUCCUCUGUUCCCCCUGUUUCCCUUGCUUCCCUUGUUACCCUGGUUCCUCUGUUCGCCUUAUUCGGCUGUUCCACAUGUUCCGCUGUUCCCUUUGUUCCCAUGGUUCCUCUUCUCCCUUUGUUCCCCUGUUCCUCUUCUUCCCCCUAUUCCCCUAUUCCCCUUUCCCCUUGUUCCCCUUGUUCGCCCUCUUCAACCUCUUCCCCUUGUUACUCUGUUCUCUUUGUUUUCCCUGUUCCCCUUGUUCCUCUGUUCCCCUUGUUCCACUUUUCCUCCUCUUCCACCUGUUCCCCUUGUUCCCCCCGUUCCCCUGUUCUUCUUGUUCCCCUCUUCCCCCUUUCCCCCGUCUAUUGGCCUGUUUGUCCCUGUUCCCCUUCUUCUCCUGUUCCCCCUGUUCCCCCUGUUCCCUUGUUCCCCUUUCAAGUAGUUUAAGGCCUGGGACUAAGGAGUUUACCUGUAGAUUAGUGAAUUAUUGGCUAUAACGUGGGCAUAGAUGAUAGCACCGAAUCAAAAUUUGGCACACAGAAAGACCUCAUCGUCUUUAUCAUUUUAAAGUAUAAAUAUUGUGUUUAUAAGUCGCGUUAUAUGUCACUUGACCAUUUUGCUAAAAAACGUAAAUUAUUGACCACUUGGUGGGUGGUAUGAAAAAAGAAAUCGAGCGAUGGCAUUUUUCUAAUUCAUAUUAAAUAUUUCUAACAACUAACGCUUGGAACGACCGUCCACUAGACUUAAAUAAAACAUUAUGAGAGAAAACAUCAUUUUAAAUGCCCAAAUUUAAUCUUGAAUUAUUUAAAACUUUAAUAUUAGAAUUCGUGUACAUUCAUUCCAAACUUAAAAAGUUGGGUAUGUUUAUCCUCUUUCAGAAAUGUCAAUUUUUUUUAUCCAAACAAAGUAGAUUCGCCACCAGUUCACCCAUUUCCUUCAUUUUCAAUUUUUGGUCAUGUGACAAUAAUUAAACGUGAAGGCACAAGGAAACCUCAAGAUUUACUUUUGAGGAAAAUUCAUUUUGUUCUAGGUCUCCUGGCGAGAAAUACAGCCAAUCAUUCAUAUGCUUCGUCCCUGUGGUGAGGUGACUGGAAAUCAGUUAGAGUACGAAUAACUCAGGUCAAAACCUUUAAGCCCGUUACUGAUUCCAGAAGACGAAUUAAUCAGUAAAGUCAAUAGCAAAAUUAAAGACGACAAUAAACACUUAAUGACUGGUCCUGAGAGAAACAGAUAAUUUUGUUUCCAGGGAAUCUAAAUGUUUCCUGAGGCGGAGUCGAGGGAAACAAAAUUAACUGUUUCCCGAGGGACCAGUCUUUAAGUGACUUGUUGUAAAGCUGGAAAUUUUGAAGCUGGAAAUUCAUUAAACCUCGCUGUAACGGCAGUCGUCGGUCAACAUUUGCGGGUAACAGUGCACUGUUACCCCCGUGCAAAUGGACGCAACAUUGUUGGAUGUUACAUGUUGCGUCCGUUUGCACACCCUGUCGCCAUGUUGUUGCCCGUUGUUGGGAGUUGUCGCGCAAAGUUUGAAAUCGGUCAAACUUUUAGCCCGUGAAUAUUGGGUACGUUUGCACGUAGCUGUAGAUUUUUCAAUGGUGCUUGCUCAGAGAUUUUGGCGGGAAACAGUUUCAUUGUUGGAUGUAAUGUAACCUCGAAGUAACCAAUGAGAGCGCGCGCUGUUGAGAAAAAUUCCCAGCGCGCGAUAGAGGACGCGAUAGGGCGUUUUCACAUGACAUCACAGCGGCCAUAUUGGUGUUCCAAAACAAUAAAAUGGUGGCCGUGUUCAAAGACAAUCCUGUGGGAGAUGAACCUUCUUCUUAUGUAAAUACUUUCAUUUGUUCCAAUAAAUUUGCAUAGAUGCUGGCCACGUGAGUGAAAACGUUCAACCACAAACCACAAAUAGAAUAUGACUAAAUUCACCAUUUUUAUACAGAACAUAAUGCACAUUGUUUACCCCCCCGGCCCCCACCACCAAAUUUUGGAUAACCAUUGUUUCCAAUUUCUCCUGGGUAAUACAGUUUUCCCAAUAGAUAACCUGAGAUCAGGCGUUAUUUCAUUUAUUUAUUUUUUUUGCUUCUUUAGCUCGAGAGGGAAAAAAAGAGAGACAUAAAGGGAUAAUAGGGAGAGGGCAUGAUCUCAGGCUACCCAAGAGAAGACAAUGGUUACGCUAAAUUUUGGAGGGCAAACAAUUAUGGUGGUGAACACACGAAAACACAUCCUCGGAGACCCAGGGGCAGUCAGUCGGGUCGAUAAAAUGUUCGUGGUGAAAGUUUACUGUAAGAUCGAGACGAGCCCCUGGGCACUUACUCUUACCGAACCAGUUCCAGAAGCGUUUGAAUUGCCUGCGCCUGAUUGGCCAGAAAAAAAUUUUUCUGGCCAAUCAGCGAAGAGAAGCUGCCGGGUGACUCUCGUGUUUUCUUACACGACGUAGUUUUCCUCAUCGAUCGCUAUAGUUGCGUAGCGCGUUCAACGGGCAAGUUCCUCGAGGAAAGUUUCAGAACAAAAUGUUAACAACCCGCAAAAACUACAACCUUUAGCACGGCUACAAGAAACAAACACUCUCCGAUGAAUUUUUAAGGCAGAUCUUUCCAAGGUAUCGUAAAUUUUUAUUGCUGAUACGAUACGCGAUGCAUGACUUUCACUUUCCACACCUUAAUUUGCUCACAUUGUUUAGUAUACAACUCCAAGGUUACAUUUUAGACGUCCAUGUUCGUUGCACGACUUCUGAACUUUCUACAGCGUGAAAGUUUCCGUUGCACGGGCCACGCAACUGCGUCGAUUGAUCGUGGGAAUUGCUGGCUUGAUGCAGUGCGCACCUUCUUGCUUUCGCGCAAACUCCCUUACCGUAAGUACUUUAAAUACAGCCGUUGUGUUUAGUUCGAAAUCUCGGUCCGGUUAUGUGCUGAAUCGUGACUUUUUAAGUGAGGUCGAUUUUUGCAGGCUGUGUGGGUUUGUUUUUACGGAUAAGCGAAGAAAAAAAAAUAAAGUUGAGUUUGCGAAAAAUGUUUGAAAGUGGUUGGUGUGAAAGUUUUGGAGGGCGAUAAAAGGCGCAGGGUGUGACACGUGUAGGUAUAGAGUUGAGAAAUCGUGGAAGGGUGGGAGGUCUAUAUAGAUAUUUUUGUAGUCACUAAAACUUUACAAGAGGUGAACGCUCUUAAGGAAAUUCCAGGGAGAAGAGACCAAGGAAUAGGGACACUUUCCAAAGAUCCAACUUCAGCUCUUGAUUUCAAGGACCUGGGUCAGGGUCUGGCUUACUGGGUUAAUCUUCACUGUGAUUAGAAUUAUGGCUAAUAUAGUACAAAUGAAUUUUCAUUAUAAGAUAUCUUUUAACAAAUACAUGUAUAAAAUUAAUUUCACAUAAUAUGUGAUUUUUUGCCAAACUUUUUAUCUAUGAUUGGCUUGAUGUUUCCCCCUACUGACCCCCUCAAACACAUCCACAGUGCCAUUGUUUUAACUCCCUUGCAAUUGAUGUUACAAGAUUGGACUUAUUUUGAAAGAAUAAUGCUGCAAUAUUAACAAUUUUCCUUUGGUGCAUUUUUUUGAUAUUUUACAACUUCCCUAUUAUAAUUCUCGUCUGACAAUAAUAUUCUUCAUUUAUAAUUAUUUUUAAAUCUUUAAACACCCUCUUCAGAAAGGUAAAAAUCUUCAUUGCAUGGUCACCAUUACACACAGUGUCUCUAAAAUACCUUCCACAGUACAUAAUUUAUGACAAUUAACAAUUAUUGUUUCCUAUAGAAGACAAUCAGAGAAUACAAAUUCUAGAAUACAAGCAGUGAAGAUUUGAUUCUUGAAAUUCUUGUCUCAGAUCAUCUUGAUUUUCUUUAAGCAGACUAACAGUCUUUGGCACUGAUGUCACAACAUAAGUGGCUUGGAAUGACUCUGCUGUUUUCAUUACUGUCAUCAAAAAAGGAAGGAUUUUUUUCUCUUCUGCAAGUUGUUGUUAAAAUAAAAUAAAAUAUUGAAGCUCCCUAGUAUUUCUAUAAGUCAAGCAGUAGUAUAAGUAGACAUGUGAAUUCCAAUAAUGAUAAAGUAAAAAAAAACAAUCUCAACAGCUUAAAAAUAAAAUUAAUGUAAUGGCAUCUGUAGUUCUGUAUUACGGGAUGUUUUUCCAUUUGUAAUAUGUAAAUGUUCAAUUGCACUAUUAUCUUAAGCAGUCACAAGGCUUACUUUAUCAGCUUUUAAUUGUCAAUAGAUGGUGACAAAAAACAUGAUAAUUCUUGUGAAAUGUCUGUCAGCUUUUAGACAACAUUACUGAGCAUCCUUGAAUAAAAGCCAGAUCUACUGUUAAGUAUAAUGAGGGUCCUGUAGAGGGGAUAACAAUCCCAUUGAAACUGUUUAACCCUCAAUUCCCAUUUUUACAUUUUUUUCCAUUCUCAGUGAUAGAAUCCCCCUGCCAGUGACUUAAAUCCCAUUUUACCCCUUCAGAACUCCCCACAAUGAAUCCAGUGUAGUACCCUUUCUAGUAAACAAAUCAGCAUACUUACCAAUGAACAGCUGUAUGUACCUGCAACAGGAUUCUUCUGGUAAAACUCCGUAGAGAACAUUGCCCUGAAUUUCUUGUCCCCCAGUUAAUGAUUUCGGGCUUCCAUACAACAAAGAAAACGCUCCCUAUCCAUUCAAUAUUUCUCGAUCUUUCGUUUUGCUUUCCCCUAAGUAAGCACCCUGAAUUCCUAGUGACCUCGAGUACUUUACCUGGUCCUCAACAACUGACAUGAGAGAUGAAAUCACUAUGACCAAAGGAUUACAAGGGAAUUCAUAACCUUUAGCAUCUAACGAUUUUUAAACCCCCUAGCUUACAGGCAACAUUUGGAAGGUUAGACUCUUGUAUCAAUUGCCCAAGAACAUCUCUUCUUUUCACAAUCUUCUCAAUAACAAAUCUUUGCAAGCCUUCUUCAAGCGCUUGCUGGACGUUUCCCUCGAAUCUAAAGUUAACACUACUAUCAACUUCGGCAGAAUUCGUACGGUCAACUGCUGUAAGCUUUUAAGCUUAAAAUUUGGAGCAAAAGCAAGAAGAAGGCACUACAGCUAUGCGCUAGCCGGCAUUUCCCACGAUCAAUCGACGUAGUUUCGUGGCCCGUGCAACGGAAAUUUUCACGCUGUAGAAAGUUUCAGAAGUCGUGCGACGAACAUGGACAUCUAAAUGUAAACUUGGAGUUGUAUAUAUACUAAACAAUGUGAGCAAAUUAAGGUGUGGAAAGUGAAAGUCAUGCAUCGCGUAUCGUAUCAGCAAUAAAAAUUUACGAUACCUUGGAAAGAUCCGCCUUAAAAAUUCAUCAGAGAGUGUUUGUUUCUUGUAGCCGUGCUAAAGGUUGUAGUUUUUGCGGGUUGUUAACAUUUUGUUCUGAAACUUUCCUCGGGAAACUUUCCCGUUGAACGCGCUACGCAACUAUAGCGAUCGAUGAGGAAAACUACGUCGUGUAAGAAAACACGAGAGUCACCCGGCAGCUUCUCUUCGCUGAUUGGCCAGAAAAAUUUUUUUCUGGCCAAUCAGAAGCAGGCAAUUCAAACGCUUCUGGAACUGGUUCGGUAAGAGUAAGUGCCCAGGGGCUCGUCUCGAUCUUACAGUAAACUUUCACCACGAACAUUUUAUCGACCCGACUGACUGCCCCUGGGUCUCCGAGGAUGACGAAAACAUGAAGCGAACGAAAAUCAUGUUCGUUACCACAGGAAUACCAAUUUUUCCUACUUUCUGCGACCAUCCGCUGACACAAGCAGGCCAGCGAAAAGAACAUCCAUGGAGGAAAUCCUGAAGCAAAAAGCAAAGGAAGCCAUCGAUUCCUAUUCUGAUGAAUUGUAUGGGCUUAGUAAGAGAAUUUGGGAGAAACCCGAGCUGAACUUUCAGGAAAAAUACGCUCAUGAUCAGCUAACAGAGUAUUUAGCAGCACGAGGUUUUGAUGUGACGCCUCAUUACACUUUGGAUACCGCUUUUCGAGCUGAAACCGGUGAAGAUGGAGGCCUUACAGUUGGUUUGAUUUGUGAAUACGACGCUUUACCAGAAGUGGGUCACGCGUGUGGACACAAUUUGAUCGCUGAAUCUGGUGUAGCCGCGGCUGUAGGUAUAAGCUUGGAUUUAAUGAACCGAAUAGUCAGACCAUCUUUCGAAGAGACCCUUUCUCGGUUUUUUAACUUUUGACUAGUACCAGUUAUCGAAAAGUUAAAGUACGCCUCAAAAUUAGUAAAGAUGCCAAGUUUGAACGUGAUUUGUUGAAAAGUAACACAGAUAUAGUUCCCCAAAGUCGGCGAAAUUUACAGGCGUUUGUAUGGUGGGGGGCAAGUUCGUGUCCCCCACCAUGCAAUUACCGUUUGUAAAAUAAAGUAAGCUCAUCACCUUUAAACUUGGUACGUCCCCUAAUUUAAAGGCGCUCUUUCAGUCAUUGUCAAUGCAUAUUCACUAACUGGUCGUAAUUAAAACUUGUAAAAAAACCUUGCAAGUGUCUAUUCAGUAGGCCAAGGGCAAUAAAAGUUGAGAUUUAGGCAUGAAUAAUUCAGUUCUUUUGUUCUAUUCCCCUGGGCGUCAGAGCCAACUAUGAAUUUUGAUAAUUUGAAACUAUGCCUUCCUAUUUUACAUCCACAUUCCGACACAUCGUCUACAGAGGAGAUUUUUCUUGAGGGGUCCCCCCUGUUAGAUUUCAGAGGGAGUCAAUCAUGAGGUCAAAGGUACAUUAGGGGUGGCGAAUGGUAAAAUCCGAGACUCGCCGAGAAGCCGAGAUCCUAGUUAGAAAUCCGAGCCCGAGACUCUUUGGUAAAAAGUUUUGAGACUCAAAAAAAGUAAAAACAAACCAUGCAAAAACGAGACUUCGAGACUUAUCAAAAAUGCUUCCGAGAUUUCAAGAACCUGCCAAAAUUUUCCGAGACCCACGUUUUUCGUGGUACCAUUCGCCACCCCUUACAUUGUGGAUGAAGGGGAUUGUUAUUCGAAAUGUCAAUGAAUUUGGGAAUGAAAAAGGAGAAAGUUAUGUCAUCAAUAUUGGGAUGGUGAAACAGUUUUUCUGAUGAAGUUGAGUAGUGCUGUAAAACUUCUUUUCGGAAAGGGACAAAUUAACAUUGCCACAUCUUCUGAAGGCGGGUAAAGAACAAAAAACAUUCCAUUUUUAGGGAGCUUCAAGAGUUAAUGUUAAUUUCUAAAGAGGUAACCCCUGGAAGGGGUUAGGCAAAAUAUCAUCAAUAAAUUAUUGUGCAUCCCCCCCUCUCAAAUAAGCCCCGGCUCCCGCUUAAAAGCUCCCCUUUUCAGGGGAAUAAAAAUCAAUAAGCCCUCGGAUUUGAUUCUGAUCCUUGGCUGCAUGACCUCCAACCUUCUUGUACCUGAGCUAAUCCACUUUGUAUUCUAAGGUCUUUAUGGAGAACUGAUACCAUCAUCUUUUCUAACUUGAAUAAGCCCACCCCCCCUCCCCAUCAAUAAAUUGAGCUUGAAAUAAGUAAGCCUGCCCCCAAGGGGGGCUUAAUAGAUGAUUUACAGUAUAUCAAGUGAGUGGGAGAGGACCCAGGGAACCAGCUUAGCCCAGUUGUACAGUACCCAGUUUUAUUAAAAACCCUGAAAAUUUUAUUCUUAAAAAUACUUUCAUUCCAUCAGACUGUUUAUCAGCAGUAUUCAGUGCAUUUUUGGUACUUACCACUUUGCCUUGUGAAAAAAUAGGUCUAAAGAUUGCUUUAGAGGCUGUCAACCAGAAGCCAAAGGUAAAAAUAGUAGUUUUUGGAACUCCAGCUGAGGAAGGAGGAGGAGGCAAGAUUUUGAUGAUUAACAAUGGUUGCUUCAAAGGUGUUGACUUCUGCUUGAUGGUUCAUCCCUGUCCAUAUGAUGUCCUCAAGCCCUCUUUUCUAGCUUUAGAAAACGUCAUAGUCAACUACAAAGGUCAUGCCGCUCAUGCUGCAGCAUUUCCUUGGGAAGGAAUCAAUGCACUGGACGCGGCAGUUAUGGCUUAUAACAACGUAAGCAUGUUGCGACAACAAAUGAAGCCCACAUGGAGAGUACAUGGUAUCAUCUCUGAAGGAGGUGUGAAGCCGAACAUUAUUCCAGAGCAAACCAAGCUUCGGUAUACUAUUAGAGCUCCAACUAGUGAGGAAGUUAAAGUGCUACGACAGAAGGUGACAAGUUGUUUUGAAGCAGCUGCAACAGCUACUGGUAAGCGAUGGCCAGUCUUAUUUUUUCUUCUUUAUCAGAAAACUGACUUACAGGGUACAUGCUCAGCCUCUUUUAUUAGCCUGUGCACAGAUGUCUCAUCAUGUCAUUGUUUUCACAAACCAAUCAAAAAAGCAAACAGAGACAGUGGCAAGUAGAUUACAUUUGAUCAAAAUGCAAAGAGAAAGAUGACAAGAUGACAAGCUCUUCUUUUAUGCUGCUACAGCCAUUGGUAAUAUUCAGUGCAGAUCCAGAGGAAGGGUCCAGUGUCCCCCCAAUUUUUAGACUAAACAGAGACCACCCAACCACCCCUCUCUAUCUCAGGGUCUGGAUGACUUUAAUAUUAUGCUGUAGAUGUUCACAUCAAAAUGCUGUCUUCACAGUAUAACAGUACUUGGUUUAUUAAUUUUAUUAGACAUUUCUUUCUACACAACCCUAAGUGACAUCUGUAUGGGAGAAAAUGUUCCCUUUCUAUGCUAACAAUCCAAAUGAGGCAAAAUGUUUUUGCAAUUUAAUGCAAAAUUAUGUUGUAACUUUUUAUGGCAGCCUCCCUCCUUCCACUCUUCAAUAUUAUGAUGUCUGAUAUGUAUCAAUUCUUCUUCCUUACUCGAAGUUUGUCUCUUGUUUCAUUCAGGAUGUGAAUUGUCUCUCGAGUGGGGUUCAACACGUUAUGCCAAUGUGAUAACCAAUCCAACCUUGGCAGACCUCUACCAAGCUAAUGCUGAGACCUUUGGAAUUAUCCUUGAUUCUGUUAAACCAGAAGGGCAAGGAUCAACAGAUAUGGGCAAUGUGUCUCAUAUUGUUCCCUCAACUCAUGUUUUGUACUCCAUUGGUAGCACAGCUGUGAACCAUUCCCAUGCAUUUACUGCGGCAGCAAUUACAGAAGUUGCUCAUCAGAAGACUCUAAUUGCGAGCAAGGCAAUGGCCAUGACGGCUAUUGAUGUUGUAUGCAAACCUGAAUUGAUGGAGAAAGUAAAAAAUGACUUUGCAAAAUCACAUGCAACAAGUUCAUGAGUUGUGUUAAAGUGAUGACAGUUAGAGGACUUUCCAUCAAAUGGAAG